CAGAGAAAGUGUUAUGCAACGACAGUAGAGAGGAAGGGCAGUUUGCUUAUCUGAAAAACAAAACAAAACGAAGAAACUACAGCAGGAGGAGACAAAAGAAUCAGACCUAAAGCAGACAAACCAACAGCGUUCAGCAUGUCGUUUCAGCCAGACUUGUUACCCCCUCGGCCAGAACUGUUUGACUUCCAUGGAGUGUCAAUGAUUCACUAUUUCACAGACAACUGGGAGAACAUCCAAAACUUCCAGGCCAGGCCAGAUGAUAUACUCAUUGCAACAUACCCCAAAGCAGGAACCACAUGGGUCUCCUACAUCCUUGACCUGCUGUAUUUUGGUCAGACAGAGCGUCAGAGAACCGUUCCAAUCUUUGACAGAGUGCCUUUCUUGGAGAUUUUCAUCCCAUCUUUGAUUUCAGGAAAAGACAUGGUGGACAACCUCCCCACCUCUCCUCGACUCAUUAAGACUCAUUUUCCAGUCCAGUUUGUGCCAAAGUCCUUUUGGGAGCAAAACUGCAGGAUGGUCUAUGUGGCCCGCAAUGCCAAAGACAAUGUGGUGUCUUAUUUUCACUUUGAUCGCAUGAACAUGGCUCACCCUGAGCCUGGAGACUGGAGCAACUACAUCCAGAGAUUCAUGGAGGGAAAGAUUGUAUGGGGAUCCUGGUACGACCAUGUGAACGGCUGGUGGAAGAAGAAGCAGAGUUAUCCAAAACUCCAUUACAUGUUCUAUGAAGAUAUGGUCGAGGACACUGGACGGGAAGUAGACAAACUGUGCAGCUUUCUUGGUUUGACUCGUUCAGACGAGGAGAAGAAAAGAGUUGCAGGUGGAUCACAGUUUGAUAAUAUGAAAAAGGACGACAUGGCCAACUAUUCACUGCACCCAGUUAUGGAUUUCAAAAUCUCUCACUUCAUGAGAAAAGGUAAAGUUGGUGACUGGAAGAACCAUUUCACUGUUUCCCAGAAUGAAGAGUUUGAUGAAGACUACAAGAAAAAGAUGACGGACCCCACACUUCAGUUCCGCACUGAAAUUUGAACAAGACUGGACAGGCUGUGUGUAUGUGGAGAUGGGUCCAUGACUGACUGGACAUGUGGCAUUACUUUGAGAAAAUCAUGUUACUGUUGCCUCUAAUGUGAUAGUAGAAAUGAAGUAAAAUCUUAUCAAUUUUCUUAAGGCUGUGAACGAUAUUUUAUGAAGCAUGAUGGAAAUUAAAUGAUGGAUCAUGUCUGAAGGUGAAUAUUUCUUUCAUAACAAGAGAUUGUAUGUUUGGCCAAGCUAAAUAUUGAUAAUAUAUUGAUUUUGUGAUAUGAGACUACAUAUUGUUAAUAUUUUGGAUAUCAUAAUAUUGUAAGUGCUGAUUUUAACCUGUUUUUAAAUGCUGCUUUACAGUAAAGUGAUGUAAUUUUCUGAACUUA